GAAGUAAUGAUUUUAUAAUUAGAGUAUGGAAUUUCAAAUAAUGUCAAUUCAUAUUAAAAGGAUGUUAGAUGUGUAACAUUUCAUGCAAUAAUUUGGGUAUUAUUAGGUUCAGAGAAUUAAAAAGCAAGAUUAUUAAAUUUAUCAAAGUAGAUAAGCUAUAGCGAUUUUGACAGGACAUACUCAUCUCUAAAUGUCUUGAUAUUUUUAUCCUAAAAAGGAUUUGAUUUUCAUAUGUUUAUGGAAUUAUGAUGU